UGCCGCAAACCGGGCCAGCAUGUCGGGCCUUCGCAGCAUGGAGACGACGCACAAAAGCACCCUGGUUCUUCGAUGCAAAGUUGUCGUCGUUGGGGAUGGAGCGGUCGGCAAGACUGCACUGUUGCAAUCGUUCAAGAGCAACGGCCACGAUUACCCAAAGAACUAUGUGAUGACUUCGAACGCUGAAUUGUGCGUGAAAUCAGUCCCUAUUCCCGACUCGAACGUUCUCGUCGAGUUGUACAUGCACGACUGUCCUGGCCAAAGCAUCUUCAACCAACGCGAGUUUGGAUCUGUCCACUUUGAAGGCGCGUCCAUGAUCCUGUUGGUCUUCGACGUGAACAGCAAGGAAUCGUUCAAGUCGUGUACCAAGUGGUAUCAGGAUGUGUCGAAGCUUGCCCCGAACCACAAUCUUCCCGGUGUGCUUGUGGGCAACAAGUCGGACAACAAAGAAGGCAACCGGGAUGCGAUUUCCCAAAAGGAAGCCGAAGAGUUUGCCGACCAAAACAACCUGAAGUACUUUGAGUGUUCCGCGCGCCUUGGAACAGGCGUUGACGCGCCCUUCUUGCACAUCGCCAAGGCAUUCAAGCAGAAGUACGACGACUUCGCCGACAAGGCCGAUAACAACUGAAACGCACGAUGGUCAUGAUAAAGAAAUACAGGACCUUCCAAAUAUAAUUCUUGAACCCCUCACGGAUUGUCUUUGUGUUGGUUGACGCAA